GUGUGAGGGAGGAGGGGCUGGGGCCAAAGUUGCAGGUCUCUGGCUUCCUGGUACCACCCCUAGGGCGGGGCUCAGUGGGUCUGGCCCCUAUAUAUGUUCCUUCUGGCUCAGCAUGCUUGGGAAGUGGAAGUAGGCCCAGGAGGAGGUCACAAGAUGGCGUCUGGAGGCCGCUAUGCCGGGAAGGUGGUGAUCGUGACAGGGGGUGGGCGCGGCAUUGGAGCUGGGAUUGUGCGGGCCUUUGUUGACAGUGGGGCCCAAGUGGUUAUCUGCGACAAGGAUGAGCCCCGAGGCCGAGCCCUGGAGCAGGAGCUUCGGGGUGCCGUCUUUAUCCCCUGUGAUAUGACUCGGGAAGAAGAAGUGAGGGGCCUGGUGGCUGAGACCGUCCGCCGCUUUGGCCGCCUGGACUGUGUAGUCAACAACGCGGGCCACCACCCACCACCACAGCCGAUCGAGGAGACCACAGCCCAGGGCUUCCGGGACCUACUGGAGCUGAACCUGCUGGGAGCCUUCACCUUGUGCAAGCUUGCCCUCCCUCACCUGCGGAAGAGCCAGGGCAAUAUCAUUAACAUCUCCAGCUUGGUGGGGGCCCUGGGCCAGCCCCAGGCACUUCCUUAUGUGGCCACCAAGGGGGCAGUGACGGCUAUGACCAAAGCCUUGGCCCUGGAUGAAAGCCAAUAUGGCGUCCGAGUCAACUGUAUCUCUCCAGGAAACAUCUGGACGCCCCUGUGGCAGGGGCUGGCAGCCCUGGCACCAGACCCCACGGCCGCCAUCCGAGAGGGUGCUAUGACCCAGCCCCUGGGCCGCAUGGGCCAGCCCGCGGAAGUGGGGGCAGCAGCCUUGUUCCUGGCUGCGGAAGCCAGCUUCUGCACUGGCAUCGAGCUGUUUGUGACGGGGGGCGCCGAACUGGGCUAUGCGUGCAAGGCUAGCCCAGGCACCCCUGUGCAAGUGCCCAGUCUCCCUCCCUGAUUCCCCACACCCCCCAACCUGACUCCCCACCUCCCCACCCCACCCCUCAAACAGACUGCCACACCUCCCAGGUGCAGCGUGGGGUGUGCCAGGCCACCCUGCAGGUUCCCAUAAAUGUGACUCCACCACCAGGAUGAUUUACUUCCGCUCUGUGUACAGCGCCCAGCACCCUGGGGUCCCGCCCAGCGGCCCCUUAGCAGGCCACAGGGAGCGUGCUAAUUAACUACCAGGCCCCAGGGGGCAGAGGCGAUUACACUAAUUAGGUAGUAAUGGA